AUGGAAGAUUCGAGGUGGAAGAUGAUGAUUUCCGUGAUGCACGAUCGGCACUGGGUCGGCUACACUUCUAAGUGGUCAAAGGUGAAGUACACUUCCUCUCUUCUGUCACAACGAUCACGACUGUCGUCAUGGUGGAUCCAAGGCGUCCCUGCUCUCUCCGGCUACGACCCUUUCCGGUGCAAAUGGGCAGUUCUUUUCCAGGCCAGGAUGAGCGCUACGUUUGUCGCUGUGGAUGAGGAGCACGAGAUCGCAAUGCUGCAGAUCGAAAAGGACAUGCCUUUUCUCCCAGUAAGCACGGAGCUGAUGAAGCUAGGGAGGCGGUCACUUCUUGGCAUACCUCCCGGAGGUUGAUCAGCAGUACUACGCAGAGAGAUGCGACGGACGAGGAGGACAAAGUGCUGAUCGUUGCCACUAUUCUUCCACGAUGUACGCUGGUAUAUUUUGAUCAUACCGUUUCUUAUUGUGAGUUAAUCUUUCUUUUCUUGUU